AUGCUGGAGGCAAUGGGAGUAACAGAUCCGGAUCCAAUCGAGACUGAUCACAAGCUAGUAUGGGGCCGCAUGGGAUUGCACUUAAACAACGCUACAAGUCGACGCAAAGAAAUCCUCGACAGGGAAAGAGUACAGAAGCUGAUCACGGACCCAAGAUGCCAAAAAGUAUUCGACGUAAAGCUGAGCGACUCUUAUGCGAAUAGUAGGACGCAGAACGACCCAAAUGAGGCUUGGAAUGAGCUACAAGAGCAGAUAAAAGGAGCCCUAGAAGCCGCAAGACAAAUAGACGAAGAAGGCGGAGGUGCACCCCAGCGAAAGACGAGAAAGCAGAAAAGAGCCAGUAAAACACGACAAAUAGAGAGGAUGACAGAACUCCGUCCGAACGACGAGAAGGCAAUAUGGAAUGUGCUCCAAGAAACGCUGAAAGUGAGGAAGGCGGGACCAUUAAGUACCAAAUUCCCAGCAGAGCUGUAUAAAAGUGGGAAAGCAAUAGCAAAAUGGGUGCAUAAGGUAUGCUCGAUAUGCUUCGAAACGGAACGCCUACCAGACGAUUGGAACAUCUCGAAGGUUACUCCCAUUUACAAAAGCGGAUCCAGAAAGGACUGCAAGAACUAUCGUACAGUAUUGUCCCAGAGCGCCAUCACCAAGAUAUUCAGCUUGAUCUUUAUGGCCAGAAUAUAUUUACAGGUGGACAGUUCGGUCGACGCAUCACAGACGGCCUUUAGGGCCGGAAGGUCUGGCCUGGAGAUAGUACAUGCAAUACAACUCUUAAUAGAUAAGUGCAAGCUAUAUGAUCUACCGCUCACACUAACGAGCAUAGACUUCCGCAAGGCAUUUGAUCGAAUAUCUAGGUCGCAUGUAUAUGAAUCAUUAAGGAUGGCUGGUGUACAUCCGAAAUACGUACGGAUCAUCCGUAACUGUUAUGAGUCAGCUAAAGCAAGCAUCCGGAUAAGCUCAAAGGAACGAAUUAUUCCCCUCGACCGUGGCUUAAGACAAGGCGACUGUUGGAGCCCGAUACUCUUCAUAUGCAGCCUAGAUCGAGUGCUCAGCGAAAGACUGAGGAACUCUCCGCAUGGCUUCCGCUUAUUGGACACUAACAAGCAACCCAGACGCUUAACUCGCUCACAUAUUGGCAGACAAAAGAUGGGUACAAUGCUCAAUGAGCUGUCCUUUGCAGACGAUGUGACCCUUCCAUCAAGCACAGCAAUGGGGAAUACGAAACACAUUAGUUACGUGCGAGAAGACGGAGAAGCCGCGAAUCUUGUCAUAGCCCCCGAGAAGUGUAAACGAUUGACAAUAAAUGAACACUUGGAACAACCCGAUAUUGGAGGAUCGCCUAUCGCAGCCGUUAAUGAGAUGAAGAUUCUUGGGGAUAUAUUCUCAGAUUCACACAACAACAAAAAACAGAUUACGGAGCGCAUAAAAGCAGCAGGACAAAGAAUGGCAAGAUUACGGGCAGUGUGGAAAUCCCACGAUAUCUCCUUGAGAGCUAAAUUCACUGUGUUGAAGGUUUCGGUCUUCUCAGUGCUGCUAUUCACCAGUGAGUGCCUUGCAUUGACGACAAAAGAAUGCGAAAGUGAGAAUCUAAACUGCAAAUUCCAAAAAAAACAAGAACAGAACAAGAAGCAGGUGAAAGCGGAGAAAGGGAAACCCGAAACCCGACGGGAAACCAGAACCCCGAACUGUUGUCCAAGGCCAGGCUGCAAUCCAAGGCUAAGUCGAAAUGCAGGGGCGAAAGGCGGAGCCAUCUUGUGCAUAGAAGCUAUCAAAAUAUGGGGACAUUGCCCGAGUGAAGCGUAUCCCCGGCAGCUACACGAUAGAAGACAGAGUCCCAUCAAUAUUCAGAUCCCCAAUGCUGGGGUACCUCCAUUUUCCAUCAAUUAUGGUAUUGCCCGUGGUGUUACUGUUCAUGCUGAGAUUGACAUGGCCUUGGAAGUCCCCGAUGCAAACAACUUCACUGUAAGAGGUGUUUAUGGUUUGGGGGAGGAUAUCUUCCGUCUCACCUAUAUGGAUAUGCAUUGGGGUACGGACAGCUCUCGAGGGAGUGAACAUCAGUUCAAUGGUACCCCCUACGCCUUCGAAUAUCAUUUCGCCCAUUACAACAGCAAAUAUCGUGACUUCGCUGAAGCCUUAAAUCACCCAGAUGGGGUUGUUGCUAUAGGCGUUCUUUAUACGGUUGGUGAUCCAGCGCCUGGGCUUAGUGAGGCUUUAGACUCGAUGAACGCUAGUAAUAUGGGAGCGCUAGACUCCUUCAAUGUGGAGGCCAUGACCCCUCAAGAUUUAUCAACCAACUUCUAUCUUUACAAUGGGUCUGGUAGUACUCCUGAUUGUGAGGAAGUUAUGGUAUGGAUUGUUGCUAAGACGAUCCAGACAAUCAGCGAGGAUCAACUGAAUAGGCUGAGGACACUAAGGCAUAAUGGAGUCUCCAUUGGCCCUAACUAUCGUCAAACCCAAGCAUUGAAUGGGAGGAGGAUUCUUGACUCCACCCUUACAGACAACAAUUCUGUCCCUAAACCUUUCAGAGCAUCUUGGUUCAUACUUAUUCUUAUCAUCAUCGUUCCAUCGUUGAUUAUAGGGAAGUGA